CCCAUGGAAGAUCCAAGCCUGUCUGGCACUGUUGAUGUGGACAAAGGCUUUGCCAUUGCCUUUGUUGUUCUUCUGUUUCUGUUCCUAAUAGUGAUGAUUUUUCGAUGUGCCAAAUUGGUGAAGAAUCCAUAUGAGGCAAGCUCCACAGUCACAGAAUCAUCUCUGAGCUGA